GGCUUGGGCGCGGCGCGGAGGUGACUGACCUGAGCUGCGAGCCUGGCGGGCGUGCGCCGAGCCCCGGCCCGGCCUCCGCGUGCCCCCGGGCUCCGCACGCCUGAUGCUGUGCGGACGCUGAGUCCGCCCCGGCCGGACUCACGAUGGUGAAGUAUUUCCUGGGCCAGAGCGUGCUCCGAAGUUCCUGGGACCAAGUAUUCGCUGCCUUUUGGCAGCGAUACCCGAAUCCCUAUAGCAAACAUGUCUUGACUGAAGACAUAGUCCACCGGGAGGUGACCCCUGACCGGAAGCUCCUGUCCCGUCGACUCCUGACCAAGACUAACAGGAUGCCCCGCUGGGCAGAGCGACUGUUUCCUGCCAAUGUUGCUCACUCGGUGUACAUCCUGGAGGACUCUAUAGUGGACCCACAGAAUAAGACCAUGACCACCUUCACCUGGAACAUCAACCACGCCCGGCUGAUGAUGGUGGAGGAGCGAUGUGUUUACUGUGUGAACUCAGACAACAGCGGCUGGACUGAAAUCCGCCGGGAAGCCUGGGUCUCCUCCAGCUUGUUUGGUGUCUCCAGAGCUGUUCAGGAAUUUGGUCUUGCCCGCUUCAAAAGCAAUGUGACCAAGACUAUGAAGGGCUUUGAGUACAUCUUGGCCAAGCUGCAAGGUGAGGCCCCUUCCAAGACGCUUGUUGAGACAGCCAAGGAAGCCACGGAGAAGGCCAAGGAGACGGCACUGGCAGCUACGGAGAAGGCCAAGGACCUGGCCAACAAGGCCGCCACCAAGAAGCAGCAGCAACAGCAGCAGUUCGUGUAGCCAGUCUGGCCCUGCUGGGACCCAGGCCCUCCCCAGCGCUGCCACUGCACCCCACACAGUGCGCUCAGCCCCCCGCCCGCCCCCCAGUGUACUUUAUUAUUAAAAAUCCACUUCCAGCGCUCUCUGCUGUUUGGGGGUGGGUGUCAGCCACGUCCGAGCCCGGGCGGCUGCUGGCAGAGGUACAGGGAUCAGUGGCGGGGAAACAUGACAGACUGUAAGCUCCAUGAGGGCAGGGCUCAGUUCUGUCCUCCAAUGUGUCCCAGCCGCCCGGAACCAUAUCUGUGCGUAACAGGCACUCAAUAAAUAUUUGUUGAAUUCA